GUCGAGAAGACUUCGUCUUUGAGUUUACUUUGAAUUCAUACAACAAUGAAAGACGAUGCGCAAUUUACCAUCCCACGAAAACAACCGAACAUUUUCUAGCAUAUGCAAGUAAGAUAGAUAGACCACAGAUAGUCAGCGUAACUUUUCAACCAGGAACAGCAAAAGAACGUUUCAAGAAAUUUAGAAAGUUCAAGCUGUUUAAGAAUUCGUCGUCGUCUUCAUCGCCAUCAACAAAAGAUUGCAUCCAUCUUUUACACAACACGAUUCAAUUUGAUGCAAUCGAAGAAAAAUAUCAAACGAUAAUCCGACCAAACGACUCGUGGGGUUUAUCGAUAGGUAUCGCCAAAAAUACUCUGUUAGAUUCCUCGGAUUAUUUUCGAUGGGUGCGACCGAUACAAUUUGAACUUUUGGUGGAUGAAAAGUUGCUUUUGAAAAUCAAUGAGUUAAAGA